AUGCAGUUACAUUACUACAUGAUUCCUAAAACUAUUAUGAUGUCUACUAUACAUAUCACUUAUUAUUAUAUUUAUUAUUAUUAUUAGUUAUUAUAUUUUAAAUUAGAAAAAAAAUUUCAAUCAAAUUAGCCAUGCAAAUUCUACCAUAUAUAUGAUUAUUUAUUUUAUAUAAUUAAGCACCUAUACUUUUACAAAAUAUUGAUAUAGUUUUGUCAAAUUUUAAAAUUACAACAUAAACAAAUGAAGUAUUUAUUUAAUUAUAAAAUAAUUAUUAAGUUAUAAUUUUAUUUUUCAUAUUACAUUUGUUAUUUUAUUUAAAUAUUCCAUGGUUGGUAACAGGUAUGGAUUAUAAGAAGAAUACAUCACAUGUUGUAAUACAAUUUGAUGAUAAAACAAUUGAUGGUAAACAUUGUAUUGAUCUUGUACCUAUAUCAUGGACAUAUAUAAAGGAGAGCAAAUUGUAUUGCAAAUAUCCUAGUAAAAAAGAAUAUGCCCUAAUCGAUAAGAUGAACAAAAGUUUGUCUGAUCCUAAAAAAUCUUGGAAAGGCUUUGGUAUCAGUAUUAUGACAGAAGCUAGAAGUUAUGAGCAAGGUGUCAGGCGAAUGACUCUAGCAUUUUCAAAUUCAGUAAUACAUAGUAGUGCAGUUGAAGAGCCUAACAGUUCUGAAGAUGAGUGUAAUCCUAAAGAGCUAUCUGGAAAUGACCUUCAAAAACAUUUGAAAGACAUUUCAUCUUUUAUUAAAUUGAAUCCCACAAUUACAGAACAUAAAGCAAACUAUGAUAAAGAUCAGUGCGAUGCAUCAUCAUCUGAAAUAUCCUCAGCAUCAGAAAAGAAAAAAAUUUUAACAAAAAAGAAGUCUUUGAAAAAAAGCAUCUGGUCUGAUCAUUAUUUAGAUGGACAGCUACACUCUGACAAUGAAUCAUCUGAAUCAUCCUCGAUGUCAACUGAAAGGCAAUUAUUGUUAACGGGAAUAAAACCUUCGAAGAAAAUGGUUCGCUCUAGCCAUAAAUCUGAUGAAGAUAAUAUACAUUCUGAUGCAUCAAUUUCUUCUUUAAUGUCUACGGGAAAAAUAAAUUUACUAAGAAAAAAAUCUUCAAAAAAAGCCCAGUCUUAUGAAAAACUAAAUUUUGCAACUGAAAAAAGACUUGUUGAUGGUAAUGCUACAUAUGCACCAAAUAAGAAACAUUGCCCAACAUGUGGUCGCUCAGAUAAUGCUGUAACAGUUACUAAAUCCGAUUUAGAAUCACUCAAAAGAAGUAUUGAAUAUCGAAUUAAAGAAGAAGGAAAAAUAACUCGAGCAUUAAUUGAAGUUCCAAAUAAAACUACAGAUAUUGAAAAAAUACUUAAUGACAAUAUGAUUAUGGAUUUGCCCAAAACGACUUUGGAAAGUUUCAAAGAUUUUGAGAGACAGUUAGAGUCUGACAUUGAACUUGUAAAAAAAUUGAAAUGUUUUAUCGUUCUAAAUAUGAAAACCUCUUCAAAAGUAAGUGAUAACUUAACAGCAGUUAUUCCUAAAAUAAUCUGUAAAGAGGUUCAACUAAUGUACAGUGCGUUUGGAAGGGAAAUGAAUGGCCAAAAAAAACUUAAUUUUUCUUCUACCAUCACUUAUAAAUACUUACUAGAAGCACUUAUUACUAAACAUGAAGGUGUAAAAGGAAAAGACAUUUCGAGUAUUUUAAGCCGUUGGUUUUCGGGGGCUAAGGACCGCGAAGGAGGGAAGAAACUUAGAAUGAAGAAUGACUGAAAAAUAAUUAAUUAAUCAAAAAAAUGAAUAUGGCUUAAAUAAAACUAUUAUUUUAUACUUAAUACUUAAAUUAGUUACCUACCUGUUUUUCUUAUAUUACAUUUUACUCCAAAUAAAUAAAUAAAAAUCUUAAAGCUCAAAUACAGUGAAACUUUCAUGUAACAAACUUCCAUUUAACGAUUUAUUUUUGAGAACCUUGAUCUUCAUUGUUAAUUAUGCGUUUAUUCUAUGUAACUCAUUCCUCUCUGUAAUACAUAUUUAUUUGUUCCACUUUCCUCCGAGACUUUGUUAAACAGAAGUUUCACUGUAUGUAGUUAUUUAUGAGAUAAUUUCCAAGAUCAACCUUUUGAAAGUAACAAAAUAGAGGUGCAAAUAUUUAUUAUACAGAAUACAGUUAUUACCCAGGACAUAAUGUGUCAGUGUCAUAAUAUAUGCAUAUAAUUAUCUAUCGGUAAGGGUAGUCCACUACUGGUAAAGCCUUAUUAACCCUGACAUAUAACACUACUAUGACUAACAGUAACAUGCCAGCAGAUUUAGGCAAUAUACUUGGCAUAAUAUACUGUCAUGUCUAGGAUAAUAAUAUUUUACCAGUACUGGUUGGUACUGGAAGUACAGUACUGACCAGUACUGGGA